AUGCGCACCCAGUCUGUCCUGCCGCUGCUCUCCAUCCUGGGCGCCGCCCGGGGAGCGCGCAUCCUCCAGUCCAACGACGACGGGUGGGCCGAGCUCUACGUCCGGUCCCUGCACGACGCGCUGCGAGGCGCCGGCCACGACGUGGUCCUCUCCGCCCCCGCCGAGAACAAGUCCGGCUCCAGUUCGAGCGAUCGGGAGCCCGAGCCCCGCACGAGCCCCUGCCAGUACGACAGCUGCCCGGCGAACGGCGGGCCGGUGGGCAGCAACGCGACGGACCCGCGGCUGAACUGGGUCAACUCGUUCCCGGUGACGGCGGUCAAGUACGGGCUGUCGACGUUCGGGCCGCAGGUGUGGGGCGACGAGGAGGGGCCCGACCUCGUGGUGACGGGCCCCAACGUGGGCUCGAACGUGUGGCUCGCCGUGCCCUUCUCCGGCACCGUCGGCGCCGCCGUCGAGGCCGCCCGCAACCAGCGCAUCCCCGCCAUCGCCUUCUCCGGCGCCGACUCCGGCACCCUGCGCUGGGACACGUCGCCCGUUCCCGCCCGCAGCGCCGUCUACGCCGAGCUCGCCACCAUCCUCACCAACAAGGUCCUCGACGCCGGCGCCCCCUACCUCCCCGACGACGUCUUCCUCAAUGUCAACUUCCCCCGCCUCACCGCACAGUGCGCCGCCGCCGCCGACUUCCGCUGGGUCCUCAGCCGCAUCAACCCCGGCAUCAUCUCCGCCCCCGACGUCGAGACCUGCGGCGACGACCGCCUGCCCACCGAGAACGAGGUCAUCAACUCCGACGGCUGCUUCGCCUCCAUCAGCGUCGGCGAUGCCACGGACAAGACGACGGCGCCGGCCGAGAAGCAGGCCGUCGUGCUGAGGAAGCUGGGCAACUUCUUGACGUGUCUAUAG